UAAUUUUAACAUUUUAUAUUUACAAUUUAAAAAUCUCUUAGAAAGAUUAAAAAUAGUUAAAGGAAAUGUUGUGUCUCGUGCGGUGAUAAUAGAUCACCAGAAGUGUUACAUGGACAGUUCCAGUAAUAUAUGAAUUAUUGCCGUUUGUUGUGUGAUGGUGUAAGAUGUGGUGGCGUUGGGUGGUGGUGACGGUCCUGGUGACGGUGGUGGUGACCACGGUCGCCGGCAAGGGGAAGAAACAUCGACAUCACAAGCCAGGCCGAGCUGUUCUUGACCGCUUGAGUAGCACCACUAUAAGCGAGGUACCCGUCAGCAGCGACCAGCCAGGGUUGUUGCCGGCUCCACUGGAUGUAGCGACUUUCGCAGUUAUUAGCGCUAAUGCAACUUGUGGAGAUAAUGGAGCAGAGGAGUUCUGCAGGGAGACUGCGGGAAAACGGGUUGUAGUAUGUGAUGUGUGUGAGGGUCCUGAGGGCCCGUCAUCUCGUCGUCACCCUGCAGGUCUGGCCGUGGACGGUGACCCAUCCACUUGGUGGCAGAGUCCUAUCAUCACUGAUGGGAACUACCAGAAUGUGGAACUAGUAGCUGUUUUACCCGGGAAAAUGGAGCUUCUUCACGUCAUUAUCAAAGCGGGUCCGUCGCCCCGUCCCCUGGCCUGGUCUUUAGAAGCCUCUACAACAGAGAAUGGCGACGACUGGACGUUGAUCCGAGCGUUUGGAGAUCGAGAUCACUGUCGGAAGCUAUGGGACCUUCGGCCUGAACGAAGACGGAGAAAAGCUCGGGCGGCGAAGAGAGCUGGUCGGGCCGAGAAACCUUCUUGCUCAACACAGUUCACUAGUCCACGUCCUUUGGAAAACGGAGAGAUGCAUGUGGGUAUGGGUGAAGGGGUGACGGCUCGCCGGGUGCGAAUCUCGUUUCGCGCGGCUCACUCCCCUCUGAGGCAUCAGUAUUAUACAGUCAGAGAACUCACCCUGGCAGCAAGGUGUCUGUGCCAUGGACACGCUGACCACUGCAUUGUGGACAAUAAAAGUGCAAAAUGUUCAUGUCUGCAUGGCACAUGCGGCGCCCACUGUCAACGUUGCUGUUCGGGAGCACCCUGGCACGAUGGUCAAUCCUGUGACAUAACACAGGAGAAGAAUGAGUGUUCCUGUGGAGAAAGAGGGGCCUGCUCAUAUGACGAUACUGGCGCUAUAUUGUGCGUUAACUGUACAGAUAACAGAGCCGGACCGCUAUGUAAUCGUUGUCUCUUCGGUUACUACAAUGUCUUCCCUGACGACCCUUGCCAACCUUGCGAUUGCGAUCCUGAAGGCUCAGAUGGUACCUGUAAGUGGAAUAAAAAACUUCAUCAAAUUGUCUGCACCUGUAACCCAGGAUUCACCGGCCUUCAGUGUGAAAAGUGUGAAAAUCCAAACGCAGUAUUCCCAAAUUGUUUAGUGGAGGUGACCACGGCAACAUGUAAAUGUGAUCCGCGAGGUAUUGUUGACCCUGGCAGGGUGUGCGAUGACAUUUGCGAGUGCAAGGUCAAUGUGAUCGGAGAGAAAUGUGAUACUUGUGCCCCGGGACACUUCGGGUUGAGUUCAUCUCUUCCGGGAGGCUGUCGAGCUUGCUACUGCUCGCACGUCGCCUCUCAUUGUGAAUCAGAUCCAAGACCCGGCCCGGAUAUCGCGUUUCCUCUUGGUAACGAGUGGAUGAUAAGUGACAACAACAGUUCAGAGACGUUAGAACCUUCCGUAGACGACAAGGGAAAACCUUACCUUAUAAGCUAUGAGGUGGAGGGUUGGGAGUCAUAUUACUUCGUCACUUCGUACCUCACUGGGCAGCAGCUGUCUUUGUAUGGCGGAACGCUACUGUCUCAAUUAGCUUGGGGUAUCGCUCGAGGAGACUCGGGAGGAAGCGCAAGUCGAGCUCCUGAUUUUAUACUCGUUGGAAACGAUGGAAUUAAGCUGACUUACGGCAACACAAGCUAUGAAACGCCUGGUCUGAUAGAAUUAGUGGCUCCUCUUGAAGAGGGAGGGUGGUAUUUGAAUUCGGAGGUAGCUUCACGGUCGCAGCUUAUGGACGUGAUGAGUAACUUAAAGUCAGUCAUGAUUCGAGCACACUUUCAUUUUGAUCAGGAUGAGGUUCGUUUGGAGCGGGCUCAUAUACGAGGUUCCGAGGGUGGUGUAAGAGAACUUUGUACGUGUGCUCCUCAACACGCGGGGACACAGUGCGAGACUUGUGCGGCGGGACACGUGCGACUAGAGCGAGCUCCCGGAACUUCCCCCGCCUUUGAGUGCGUGCCGUGUGACUGCAACAUGCACGCUGAUUGUGACUCUGUAAAUGGUCCUUGUGGCCCCUGUCAACAUAAUACCACCGGACCGCAUUGCGAACGAUGUCUCCCAGGACAUUACGGUAACCCCGUCCAAGGUGCUUGUAAACCAUGCGCGUGUCCUCUGUAUGAGCUGUCUAAUAACUUCAGUCCUAACUGCGCCUUGGCGGCGGCUGUUGGUGAUGAUUAUGUGUGCACACAAUGCCCGGAUGGAUACGCUGGAGAUCACUGCGAGAUUUGCGACUCGGGCUACUGGGGUUCGCCGGCUACAGUGGGAGGCUCGUGUCUGCCCUGUGAUUGCGGUGGAGGUCCGUGUCAUCCGCAGUCGGGCGCCUGCCUCGUGUGUCCGCCACAUACAGAGGGGGAGCGCUGCGAUCAGUGCCAGGAGGGCUAUUGGUCCGGUGGAGACAAUGGCUCCUGUAUUGCAUGUGGAUGUGGAUUGGGAGCGCUGUCAACGGCGUGUGACCCUCGCGCUGGGCACUGCGCCUGCGCACCUGGCUGGACGGGAAGAGCCUGUAAUGUCUGCGCCACAGGACACGGCAACGUGUCGGCGGGCUGUCCCCUGUGUGCGUGCGGCGCGGGCUCGUCAAGUGCAAUGUGCGGGACGGAGCACGGGGAGUGUCCCUGUAUGUCCGGGGCCGCUCCGCCUCGAUGCGACACGUGUCUAGAACAGCACUACAACCUGUCCACUACUGGCUGUUUGAGUUGCAACUGUUCGUCGUUGGGUUCCGAGAGCAAUGUGUGCGACAUACGCUCGGGGCAGUGUCGCUGCAGACCGCACGUCACCGGCCGAGCUUGUGACACCUGCGAGGAAGGCUACUGGGGUCUCCAACAUGGAGGGUGUCGUCGCUGCGAGUGUGGUGCAGGGGCUGCGGCCUGUGACCCUGUCAGCGGCCUGUGCGCCUGUUCCGUUGGUGUGGGAGGUGCGAGGUGUGACCGAUGCCUCAGCGGCUACUAUGGUUUUGGACCCACCGGAUGUUUACCGUGUCCUACAUGUAGUGAGGGUCGCGUGUGCUCGCCCGUGUCCGGUCGCUGCGUGUGUCCAGCGCGGACCCGCGGCCCGGGCUGCAGCCAGUGCACGCCCGGGUACUGGGGACGAACCGCCGGCUGUCACACAUGUGACUGUGGACCGGGAGCCGUAGGAGGUAACUGUGACCCCGUGUCCGGCCAGUGUAAUUGUCGCCCUGGCUGGACCGGUCGCGCGUGUGACCGCUGCGCUCGCGCACACUACGGUCCUCGCUGCAGACCUUGCGGCUGUCACCGAGCGGGCACGCGGUGUGAAGAUGGGCUGUGUCCUUGCGAUAGCAACGGACAGUGUCCCUGUAAGGAUAAUGUGGUGGGUGAGAAAUGUGAUCGAUGCUUGGAAGGUACUUUCGGUCUCUCGGAGUCCAAUCCAGUGGGCUGCACGGCUUGUUUCUGCUUCGGACGCAGCGCUCAGUGCACUCAAGCCGCCGUCUCCCGAGCCGCGCUUCACAACGCUGUGCCUCUUCACCUCAGGUUGAUGAGGGGCCACAUCAUUACUACUAUGGAUCGCCACUCCCCGCUGGCCAUCCACACGAGUGUUCAGGACGCCCACAUCACCCUCCCGGACCCCCCAGUGCCGGUGUACGCCGAGCUCCCGUCCUUGUUCCUGGGUGACCGCGUGCUCUCUUACGGGGGCGCGUUAAGGUUCCGUGUGGAACAAGAGGGUGGCACUCCCAUACCUCGGGACGUACUGAUCGACUUCCCACUCGUCAGCAUAUAUGGAUACAACAUCGUGCUGGAUUAUUACGAACGCGCGCCUCCAAUAAACAAUACGUAUGCUGUGUAUCUGCACGAGUCUCUGUGGGAGGUGCGGGGCGCGGGUACUGGAGGAACAGGGGCCGUUGCUUCCCGCGGAGCGCUCAUGUUGACUCUGAGGGAUGUGCGACGACUGCUGCUUCGAGUCUCGACCCGAGAACCGACCGACGAGCCGUUACAUGUUUUAUUGCUGAACGUGACCCUGGAGACGGCUAUCCCUGGCCUGUCCCGUGGGGCGCCGGCCCCGGGCGUGGAGCGCUGCUCGUGUCCCCGAGGCUACUCCUCCGGUUCGUGUCAGCGCCCCGCGGCCGGGUUCUGGUCGCCGCCCUCCCCACCGCUCGUGACGCAUGUGGCCGGUACCAUCGUUAUACACGUAGAACCUGUCAGACCCUGUGAAUGUAACGGCAGGGCCGUCACUUGUGAUCCUACCAACGGACAUUGCUUGAACUGCACCGCCAACACUUCAGGGCCGCACUGCGACCACUGCGCUGAAGGUUACUACGGCACGCCUGAUCGUGGCUGCGAGCCUUGCCCCUGUCCAGCUCACGGUCCCGUGAGGGCCACCGGCUGUGCCGCCUCGCACGGGAGACUGCACUGCUACUGUCACCUCGGCUACACGGGGUCUCGCUGUGAGUCUUGUUCUGCGGGCUGGCGGCGGGAGGGGGGCGCCUGCGUCCCUUGUUCCUGUGACCCCCGCGGGGCGCUGUCUCAGCGAUGUGAGGGUGGACGCUGCCAUUGUCGUCCGUACGCCACGGGUACACGAUGUCAGCUGUGUGCACAACCAGGUUUCUAUAUGGAUGAGGAGGGUUGCAAACCUUGUGACAACUGCACACAGACUCUACUACUGUCAAUGAAAGACCUAACGAGAGAUCUACACUUACGGGCGGAUCUGUCGGAGCUUAGUAGAAUACCACAACCUUUUCCGGCACUUAGAGAAUUUGCAAAUAAUGCAUCAAUUCUAGAAGCAUCGCUUAAACAAUGGCGGACAAACAAAGAAAAAUCUCUAUUAAUCAAAUCGGCAUUAUUAAAAUUAGAAUCUACCGAACAUGAACUUUUUACAUCUUCGAAUAAACUUAAAACAAGAGCAUCCAGAAGAGAGAAAGAGGCGCAGUAUUUAAGCUUAGAAAGUAUGAGUGGGUUGGAAGAGGUAUUCAAGAAAAAGAGGGUUUUGGCGGAAUAUGUUGCUGAUUUGGAUGACUUUGCGAGAGGAGAAAAGCAUCUGAGCGCUCACAGAGCCUUAAAAGAAGCGAGACAUUUGCUUAAAAUGAUAAAAGAAUUAAAUUUAGUAGAUUUUAUGACCGGAGCUAACGAUGUCUCUGAUUCGGCCAACCUCCAAUCAACUUCUGUACAUGAAUACAAAUACCGUAUCGAUGAUAGUUUCCAAAAAAUUUAUAAACUGCAUUCAAGUUUAGAAGAUUGGGAACGUAAGGCAGAAGACUUACCACGUCUAGCAGGUAUUGUGUGGAGCGCGGGUGACACGGUGGUAGAAGGCAGUAAGAAAAUAAAACCGAAACUUGCAAGGGUCCGGGAUAUAGGAUUGCAAUGUAGGCUUGUAUUAGAGGACAUCUCUAACUUAUCCACUAACAACCUAACUGAAGAAACACGGGCAGCUUUAUUACAUACCCAAAAUCUUGCAGUUGGGUUCCCAACUUUACUAUCUACCCUCCGAAACCUAACAACACAAGCCGAGGAAAAGGAAGGCAUUCUAUACAACCUCACUCCUAAAUACAAAGAAAAAUAUUUAGAUGUAGUUAAAGAACACGUGGAGAACCUUACAAAAAAAGCCAGGGAAUACAAAAAUUUGUUUGCGGGAACACGAUCGGUUGCAUCUGCUGGAGUCCAAGCAGCUCGCGCCUGGUCCGAAGUGGCCGCUGGAGUUAGAGAUGCUGUAGCUGCGGCUGAUGCAGCCACUAUUGCUGCCACUACAGCUUCUAAGCUAGCUAGAGGACCCCAGCCGUUAAUAGCGACAGCUGAUGAAGAGAAGAUGUCUUCAGAGAUACUAAAAAGGAAAGGCAAUGAGUUGAUGUCAAGAACCAGUGAUUUACAUCGAGAACUAGAAGUUGCCCAACGCGGAAUAGACGUUGUUAGCGUCGGUCUUCGUGGCUUAGGAUGGCGAGAGCGUGCUCUGGCCAGUGGCGCCGAGGGAGGUAUGAUGAAUGGCGGCACAGCUGCAGUAGCAACACUGAAACAAGCCAGUACACAAGCGGAGAGAGUAUUUGCAAGUAGCCGAGUACUAUACGACGAGGCGGCGGAUCUUAGGAGAAAAGUACGAUACCAACUGCGACGAAAUCUUGCCGCACUUCAACGUAUGGGAGAUACCGCGCUGGGUGCUGCGGAGGAACAUGUGUCCCAAAUACGAGGAAACACGGACCGUGGACGCGAGGUAGCAGCGGCACUUGCAGCGGCAGGGGCAGCGCGCGCUCGGGAACAUGCUGCCGCCGCCACUAUUUUGUCUCCUGCACUGAAACGUCUUCACAGCGGCAUCCUGCAAGCACAGCAUGCAGCUGCCACAAUAUCUGUGUCAGUCACCUCACCCGCCGGCGGUGUCGGAUGCGCGCGAGCGUAUUCCUCGUGGAGUGCUCCAUCAGCAACGCGCGCUACUCUCUCUCUAAGUUUUGAUUCCACUUUAAGAGAUGGCACGCUGCUGUAUUUACCUGAUCAGGAUUCCGAGCGCUAUCUUCGUCUCUCCGUAUCAGCUGGGAAGCUGGUUGUGCGGUGGGACGUAGGUGGAGGCGUCGGCUACUUGGAGCACCCUGAGCCACUCACACCCACUGUUGACGACGCUGACCACACUGUUUAUCGACUUCAGAUUGAAAGAGUGUGGAACACAGUGCGGCUUCGUACUGAACGAUCUGGAAGCGCCGUCACCACGUCUACAAAUAGCACGACGUCGUCCCCAAGCACGGGGCUCCUGCGUCCACAGUACUGGUGGCUUGGAGAACCCGAUGCUCCUUUGCCGGCCUGUGUACAUUCCUUGCACGCUGAUCACUUGGCUUUAGGCCUCUGGGCUUUUGCAAAACAGCACACGAAUUCCAAAUGUACAGGUUGUACCCAAAGAUGGACGAGCCAACGUGGCGAGAGCCUUGCACGUCUAAGCGGUGCAGGCUACGUCACCUUGCGCCGCUCGCGGCCCGCCGACCGCCGACGGUUCAGUCUUGCUUUGUCCUUUCGUACCACUGACCACAACGCUCUGCUAUUUAUGGCACACGAUCAUGUUAAUAAUCGCUCGGUGUCAGUGUGGGUGCGAGAGUGCCGCGUAGUAUUUAAAGUGCAGUACGCGAAUUCUCGACUAGAGAUUACAGCUGGAGGAGACCACUGCGAUGGUAAACCGACCCAUGUCCAGGCCACCAGAGUUUUUAAUGGACUAGAGAGAGGCAGCCUGCGCGUAAACGGUGAAGAGACUCUAGGCUCACCAUCCCCGCCCGUGCAGGCCGCGGGUGACCUGCCAGAGCUUGAAGGAGCCUACUGGGUGGGAGGAUUGCCGCCCGACGCGCAAGGUCUUUAUGAGGCUCCCUCGCUUCUUGGCUGCAUCGGAGGCCUCGUAGUGGACAGAGAGGGCUACGAUCUGCUGGAUACUCCCACACGGUAUGGGUUGGAGCCAGGAUGUUCAGCUAGGGCACUUCGGUCUGCAGUAUUAGACGGCGACGGCUACAUCGAGCUGUCAUCGCCCGCCAUUCGACGUAAGACUUCGAUUGGUGUAUCGUUCAGAACACGAUCUCCGUCCGGCCUGCUGAUGUACAGAGCACCCUCAAUAUCCGUCCAGGAUAAUGAGGUGGACGACGAAGAAGAUGAUAAUCAUUGCCUCGUUCUCGCUCUCGUGAAUGGUGAAUUGGAAGUGAUCGCAAACGCCGGCAAAAGUGAAUUGCGACUACGGAUAAAUGGGACUAAAUACGAUGAUGGUGGACUGUACACUGUACGGCUGGUCCGGGUUCAUAAGCAGCUGGAAGUAUGGGUGGACGAAAAACGCAUGGCUGCCGGUAAUCUUCCGGGGGGAGCUAUUGCGGCUAGGGCACGUGGUUUGUACUUGGGAGGGUCGCCUUCUCCCGUCACCUAUCUCACCGUGCCCUCCUUCACGGGGACUAUCGCAGACUUCAUAGUGGAUUCUACGUGGAUAGGUCUGGAGUCCAGCGUCUCCCAUUUCCGAGCUCGUCUCGGUCGAGCCCAGACCGCCGCCCCAAGACCGACGCCCACCGCCGUCAACACGCGGAAUGAGCUCACCAACUGUGCUAAGUUAUCUUCAUAUGCAGUGGAAGCAGGCGCUGUGAAGUUUGGUGACGCCGUCCCGAGUUAUGCAGCUCUGAGGGCAGCCCGCGCCGCCUUGUUUAGUUUCAGUCUUCAGUUGCGAACUUUCGCUAAAGACGGAAUCGUCAUGCUCUUGCCGGGCUCCAAGCAGAAACCUCGUCACUAUGUCGCUUUGUUGUUGCGCGAGGGUCGGGCUCGACUCAUGGUUCGUGGAAGGAGACGCAAAGAAUUGGUGCUACCGGGAAACGUCAGCGACGGCGAAUGGCAUGAGUUGUCAGUGCGUAUCUCCCGUAGUCGCCUCGUGUUAUCCUCGGGCUCCGCGGCGGUGACAGGCAGGGCUCCGCCUCACGCUCGCGCCGCGCGCUUGUACCUGGGAGGCCCGCCCCCCGCCGCUGCUAUACCACACGUACCGAAUUCACUGUUGAAGCUGGGAGGGCUGGUGGGUUGCGUGCGUCGCGUUGCGGUCGGAGGACGAGCUGAGGACCCGGUCAGAGACGCGCGUGCUCACGUCGCCGUCUCACAGUGCUUCCCCCGCGUCGAGCGAGGAGCAUAUUUUGGAGGGGACGCGUAUGCCGAGUGGUCGGAGACGGGGUUCGCAGGCUUAGUGGGUGAGGAGGGUGAGGGAGACAGCGUGGAGCUGCGGCUGGAGUUCCGCGCCACCAGCGGGGUUGGACUCCUGGCCGCUUUUGCUGGAGCCCUGCUGGAACUGAAGGACGGCAUGGUGGUGUUAAGUCGUGGAGGAACGUCAGUCGAGAGCGGCGGUCGAGUGUGUGACGGUAGAUGGCACGCGGCGGCGGCCCGAGUGUGGCGCGCCGGGCUCAGCCUGUCCCUGGACGGAGCGCCCCCUGAACGAGCAGCUCCUGCUCUGAUAGCACCUGCCGCUCCGCCAACCGGGAACUCCUUAUACGUAGCUGGACUACCUGAAGGAGCCCGCGACAUGGGCGAUGGGCGCGAGAACUUCAAAGGUUGUGUUCGUGACGUCACUUACCGAGGCUCGGCUCGGAGCUGGAGGGCGGCCAGUCUACAUCACGUGCUGCUUGAUUCCUGUCCUGUGUCACACUGAUGUCUACAUACAGGACCCUAGGAAACUUCACCAUCAAACUUGUCCAAGGUUUAUUUUGGGGCAAAAAUGUGCCUAAUCGAUUCCUUUGGUUUCGGAGAAUAUCUACGUCUUGUCAAUAACGGCAGUACGUCUAAAGACACACACUGAGUACCACUAAUAUAGACCUACCAAAUGUGUUCAUGGCUUAAUGUAAUGUUCUGUCGUAGCUUUCAAUUAGUCGGUAUGUUUGUGGAGAAAUGGGAAGAGAGGAACAACUAAGAAUAUUCACAUCACCAAAUACCUCUGGAGUAACCCUGAUGGGUCACGCUGUAUCGUAUAAGCUAACGAGGCUCACUAUGUAAAUAGUUCCUUAACAUGAAACCAUCUCAGCCGAUGCUUCGAGUCACAUCUCAGUACGACACAUUCAAAUAUCCCUGUACAUAGAUAUAGGUAACGAGCAGUAUUGUUAAUGUAUAUAGUAAGUUCUGAGACUAUUGAUUUUAUGUUUAGUUCCAGACGUCUCGAACAAAUUUUCAAAUGAAUUGAGAACUUUUGAAAAUGUCGUGUACUUACAAAAAAUAUUUAAUAAGUUCAGUUAAGAUACGCAUUUAUUUAAAUGUAGUAAUUUAGUUUUCAUAUUGUUUAAGCAAUCCGUGAUCCACACUAGUUUGUAGCGGGAGUCUCGGUUCCACAGAAAUGUAUUCUUCAAUCUUUAACGGAAAUUAUUUUAAGCAUCUUUCCCACCUUCUCUUGUUGGUCAUUUUGAUUUUGUCGUGGGUUAUAUCGACGGGAUGUUCGUGUGGAUCAGGCCUUAUUUUUUCCGUGUAUAAAAAUCAGCUUUAAUAGAAAACGUUAAUAGAUUUAAGAUGAAACGGUCUGAAUACGUCACUAGAAUCGUAUCGUACUUGGUUUAAAACUAUUCCAAGUUCCAUUCAUACAAACUCAUUGCAGGACGACACACAGUUCAACGACCCAGACUUUUCUCACGAUUCAACAUUCACGUACUCUGUUAAGUAAACAAGUGUUCAAUAUAAUAACUGUAAAUAUAUCAUACAUGUACAUAACGUAAUAUUUAUUGUAUGAGAUUCUUAAAUAAAAGUCGUGUUGGCAAUAAAAAA